AUGAAUAACUCAAAUUUAAAUUGCAUAAAAGAAAAUGAGAAAUUUUAUAUUGUUCGAGAAUAUGCUAAUGGUGACUUCCGUGAUUAUAUUAAAAGUCAUUCUCCGAUCUCAUGGGUUAAAAAGUUAGAAUUAACACGUCAGAUAGUUAGUGGAUUGAGAUUUCUUCAUGAUAUUAAAGUUAUUCACUCCGAGCUGCAUCCGAACAAUAUAUUAAUGCAUUAUACAAUUCCAAAACUAACAAAUAUUGGAAUGUCUAAA